UUCAAUAAUCGGUGAGAAAUUUUGACUACCGAUUUCGAUAGUGGUUUUAAGAAAAACGCGUUUAAAGUGUCAAGUGUUCAAGCCAUGACAACCACGCUGUUUAGGGUGAAUAAAAUGCUUUGGCCAUAAGCAUCACCUGCAAUUUUUUUUAUGUCUGGUAGCAUCGUAAACUCACCAUGCAUCAAGAAAUAGUCAACAUGAGUGCAGCACCAAAGGGCUGUGUAUAAUGUUUGGGAAUUGCCGAAAAAAUAUGUGUUGUUUUGAUUUAAAAAUUUAACGUAAAUUUAUUGGAAGUCCACUGCAACGAGUUACUUAAUCUGCAGGACAGCAGAGUUUUGAAUUCAGCCAGGUGUCAUGACAUUAGUGGUUUUUGACAUUGAAUGUGUUGUCUUUUUGGUUGUCAAAAUUGCGGCAGAAUCGUGGAUCUUGCGGUCGCACUGUGCACAUUGAGAUAAUUAUAUGUUUAUUUCAUUAAUUUAUUUAAUACUGUGCAAAAUUGGACAAACUAUUGUUGAUAGCUAAACCAAAAAGCCGUGAGUGAUGAUGACUUCUUAUAUGAAACUAUUUGAAGACUUUUUGCAACGGAAGGAAUGUGAUGGAACUCGCUCGGUACCUACUGCGUCGGAAGACGAGGAAAUAGAGCAGCAAAAUACUUCCCUAGAAUCCUCUGAAAUUAGUAUUGGAUGUGGCAAUAAAAUGGAGCACAGCUAUACGCGAGAUAAUAACCGAGCAGGGGGAAGUGUUAGCACGGGCUUAUCACCAGCCCGUACGAUACUAGUGCGACGUACACCACAAUGCCCUUCUUGUCAUACCCAUCCUCUUGAAGAGCAGGAUUUUGAUGAUUGCAAUCAGGUCAACGUACCCUCAUACAAUGAAAUUUCAGCAAAAGAAGCUAUGAAUGAGUGUUCGCGAAUUGCCAAAUAUGUAAAGAACAAUAACUCCGACGACGACAACUGGGAAUCACGCAUUAAUCAAAUCGGUUGGAGCAACAUGCAAAAGACUCUUUUCAAAAAAGUCGUAAAUCUAUUGGACAAUGAUCAAUUGGGACGAUUAGCUAAUGUUAAUCGCCAAAAUGAAGCAAUGCAACGGCGUGUUAUUGUAGAUAAGUCUGCUAGCCGUAUGCGUAAAGCCUUGGCAUCUGUAGCAUGGGAUUCGCGUCUAACACAAUGGCUACAUUGCCUUUUAAUGGAUUCAUUACCAUCAACAUAUAUGGCUUCUUAUUUGGAUAUUUUGCAAACAUUGAAAUCAAAACUACCAACACUAAUGGAUAAAAUGUUAUUUGGGCGACCAUUAAAUGUCAGCCAAGAACUCUUGGCGCCUGUAAUGAAAAAUAAAUGGGAACCAAUUAUUAAUACUAAGAUCCGUAAACUAACACAUAAUGCUGUAAUUGUUUCUCUACCGUCUGUACCCACGAGCGGGCCGGUACCGAAUCGACUACAAAAAUGGUAUCACCAAUUGGCUAGCAUUACACAAAUUGUACAAAUAACACUUCCUUCAAAUGUCAGUCAAAUCGUGCGCCAGCCAUUGGAACAAGUGGCAGAACAAAUAGUAUCGCUUACACGUGUAAAAAUACAAGAACUACGAAAUGAAAAUGCACAACGUAGCAUUAUAUUGAUCGGAUUUAACGCUGGCGCUGCCCUGGCUUUGCAAGUGGCUAUGUCAGAGAAUGUAGCGGGUGUAAUUUGCAUGGGUUUUGCUUAUAAUACCUUUAACGGUGUACGUGGAAAUCCAGAUGAUCGCUUGUUAGACAUAAAGAUGCCCAUUCUCUUUGUAAUUGGCCAAAAUUCCGCAAAAACAAGCACCGAAGAACUGGAAUCAUUGCGUGAAAAAAUGCAAUCUGAGACAUCAUUAGUCGUUGUUGGUAGCGCUGAUGAUGUAUUGCGAGUGCCUAAGAGUCGAAGAAAGUUGGAUAAUGUUACUCAAUCGAUGGUAGAUGCUAUGGUUGUGGAUGAAGUUUACGAGUUUGUAAAGCGGAUUCUCACUAAUCCGCCCGGACCACGUGUACCGACCGCUAUAACAAGUCUUACACAUGCUAAACAUGGACGAAACGUAAUUGUUAAUAACGCUGGUGGUGGCGUUAAUACGGAAACUGGAGCCAAGGGUAUUCCUGGGCAAAGAAAGCGUAAGAACGAUGGAUCGACAGCCGACCAAGAGACCCCGGUGAAAAGUAAAUAUGCUAAUUCAACAAAACCAAGAAAAGUAAAAUUUCCCGAUCCAUUCCAAGUGAAGCGAAAGGUGGGCCGUCCACGCACUCGUCCCUUGAUCACCUCUACGCCGGCUAAGGCAGCCCAGACUGGCGUCACUAUAAAAGCCACGCAGCAGCAACAACAAAAGACACAGCUUUCACACGGCUCUUCUAUCACAAACGAAGAUCUCAACAUGGCCAUACAAUCAAUUUUAGGUGAAGGUAACGAAUUGGAUUCCUCGGCUUUGAAUUCGAGUAACGAGAGCCCGCAAAGUUCGCAAAAACUUGUGACGAAUUAUGAAAUUUUGGCACCUUCCAAAUCGACAUCCAUAAAAACAGCUUUAAUAAAUCCACUGCAAAAGGGUACACUCCCAGCUGGUGCUAAAAUAAAAAUGAUACCUUCCAAUCAAUUUGUGCAAUUGAAGCCACCUUUGCAAUCACAAUCGAAAAUUUACACAAUAAAGACCGCAUCUAUGCAGCAGAGCAGCAUUACCAGCAAUACAUCAAUUGGAAGCAUAGUAUCAACAUCACCAGCCUGCAGUACUGCCUCAAAUCAUCAACAACAAAUUUUCACGCUGAAAUCGCCAAACGGACAGACGACCCAAUUCGUUACAGCUGCACCUCCGGGUACGGCUCAACCAAAAUACACGGUUGUUAAAAAUGCCGCUGGUGGCACCACCCUGCAAUUGAGUGGCGUAAAGAACACAAGUACAGCGAACGCUUCAAGCAUGGAUUUAUCAAACAUUAUAGAUAUGCCCAUAGUGUUUGCUGAUAAUGAUGGCAACCUCUCAGAUUCUGUAUCAGUGCCAGCUACAACGACUAAGCCAGCGAAUACAUCCAGUGUUGGUCAACUUAUUAUAAGCCAAAAAAUCAUUAAAGAGGCGACAGCCACAUCGAGCAACACAUCCGGUAUUGCUACCACAUCGCCUAAGGCUGCUGCUGGCACAUACAUAAUUAAUAAAACUAUUGGUAGUCCAGGCUUGCAACAAACAUCUCAAACAGCAGGCAAUAAACAGAAAAAAGUGGUUUUUAUUAAUCGCACAACCAUGAAGCCUUGUCCGAAUAUCAUUUCGCGUUCAAAUAUUACACAGCAAAUGCCCAAGUACGCCAAAGUGGUUGUAACAAAUCCCAAGACUUCUGCUACGACUCUCGUGCCACGCCCAGCAACACAGCUCUCAACGACACAAAUUCCCGUGGUUGCGGCCAGCGGUAACUCGCCAAUUGUAUCGUCUGUUAAGCAGCUAAACUUGCAGGCACUGAAAUCGCCAGUGAGUAUUGGUACUCGUCCGACUUCAGGUAUUUUAAAUGUCUCCACCAAGUCUCUACCGCAAGUGCAAAUUAUUGGCACAACGGGUGGGGCAUCAAAUUCGGGUAACUCAUCGGCCGGCGGUACACAAAUUCGAAAUAUUGUUGUAAAGCCCGGUGGCUUGAAGCAGCUUCCUACGCUGAACUCGCAUGUAUUCAAUCGCAAUUUGACAGUGCGCAAGCUGGUGAAUUACGUAGGUGGUACAAACGCUGGCAGUGCAUUGGCCAGCUCACCUGGAGUAACCAUUGUGGCACAGACCGCUGCUUCAGCACAGGACGUUAGUCAGAGUAAUGCCUUAACUACGGCAUCGACUAUACAAACUUCACCAAAAGUCAUAACCUUAAAUCCGAUCAAUCCUUCAUCUGGAAGCAGCGGCACGAGCGCGCAAUCAAAGAAGGACUGAACGAACUUUACAUAACUCAAGCGUUCACUUUUGUACAUUUAGCAUUAAACCUUGUUUUUAAUUUAAAAUAUUUCAUUUAUUAAUUAAAUUAAUUUGGUAGUUC